CAAUCUGGCCCAUCUGUUUGCUCGUCCCUACCCUAGUUGAGAUAACUUCGGUAAUUCCAGGUGUGGGAGUUUCAGGAAGUGUUUGUAUCGCUCAUACAGCGACAUAUUUAGAGUUUGGAAGAGGCAUAAUGUCGGAAGACAGUGGAGUUCGUUACUGUGCGAGAUUUUCCUAUCUCUUUUUAAAAUUCACACUCAUCGUCUACUCUACUGUCUUUUGGUUGAUAGGAGGGUUUAUCCUUGCCAUUGGGAUCUAUGCGGAGGUUGAAAGGCAGAAGUACAAGACCCUCGAGGGGGCUUUCCUAGCUCCAGCCAUCCUCUUGAUCGUGCUGGGCAUCAUCAUGUUCAUAGUGUCCUUCAUCGGGGUCCUGUCUUCACUGCGGGACAACCUGUGCCUUCUUCAGGUGUUUCUGUAUACUCUCACAAUUUGCCUGAUUCUUGAACUUUUGGGUGGCGUUUUGGCUCUUGUCUUCAAAAACCAGACUUUGGAGUUUCUGAACAACAACAUUCGGAAUGGCAUUAAAAACUACUAUGACGACUUGGACUUCAAGAAUAUUAUGGAUUUCGUUCAGAGAAAGUUCAAAUGUUGCGGUGGGGAGGACUUCAAAGACUGGGAAUCGAACAAUUAUCACUCUUGUACAGCGCCAGGACCCCUAGCCUGUGGAGUGCCUUACACCUGCUGCAUACAGAACACGACAAACGCAGUUGCCAACACGAUGUGUGGAUACAAAAUCCUUGACAAAGAGCGCCUUGAUUUACUCUACAUUAUCCAUGUGCGAGGGUGCACGGACGCAGUCUUCAUCUGGUUUUUGGAUAACUACAACAUCAUGGCAGGAAUUCUGCUUGGCAUUCUCCUACCACAGUUAUUUGGUGUUAUAAUAACCUGGCUGUAUAUCACUCGAGUGGAGGACGCCAUCAGUGAGCACGGGAACUACAUGGAUGGGCUGCUGGAGGCAACGCCAGGAAGAAGCGGCUCAUCCAAAUCCAAGACCGGGGGGUGCUGUAUGUGUUUGCCAGACGCUGACUAAGAGGCAGAGCCAGACAUUGCUCCACAGCAACAGCAACAGUGAACGAGCGUCUUUCCAAAUGCAUUUGUUUGUUACGUUACUGCUUUAAUCUAUUUUAAUUUUGUUUCAAAAUAAAAAUGUGUUUGGUGGAUAUUUAUGUAGGCUGUCUAAAUUCAGAGGUCCUAUAACUCUGCAGCAGCAGUUGUUAAUGAUGCAUAGUUCACCCCCUAGUCUCUGUAAGUCGCUUUGGAUAAAAGUGUCUGUUAAAUUCAUACAGGAUUCAGCUUCAGUGUUUUCUGUUGGCUAAACCGUUACAUCCAAGCGUCUACCAAAGUCUAUUUUAUUUUAAAAUUAAAUUUUAAAAGGGUAUUAGACCUCACAAAAAAGUAAGCAAAGUAACACAACACAUUAAAAUAAAGGCUAAUAUCCACCAAGGAUGUUCAUAGACCCAUGUGGAUGUUGGCUGAUAUUUGGACCUGGAAUGUGUUAUUGUGCUUAUCCAGUAUUACAGUAGUUUUCAGAGUGUACUGUAAGAUUCGGCUGUUUAUAACACACAAUACUGGAGUGAGGACUGGUAAUGUGCCCUGUGAAAAUGAACACAUUUUAUAGAACAAGCAAUGAGCAAAAUGUAUUUUUGAAAAAAGUUUGCAGUUGGGAGCCAAAAAGAUGCUGUCCUACGUUCUGUUUAAUGCAUGCUAUCAAACAGAGGUACUAUAUACUGUUGUGUUGUGGAGAAAGACAUGGUACAUGAUUAUUGUGGAAUUGCUAUUGUUAACUGUAUUCUAAAUGACAUGGUAGCCUUAAUCAAUAGUUUAACUUCCCUUGAUUUUCUAAGAUUCUCACUGUCAAUACAGUCUGUUUUUGUGGUAUAAAUUUAAUACAUUUUGUUAUUGUGGCAUAAAUCAUUUCAAACAUCUCCUAUAAGAGAGACAUAUUCGCUUGUAUAGUUGCAAAUUGUAGUGGGAAUUCUGUCAAAUCAAUAUCACGUGAAUGAAUUUAUAUUAAAUCUGCUCAACAUCAAAUUGCAUGCUCAAACCCCUCUCCCUCAGCUCUAUUGCUGAAACAUCAAAUGUGGUGCGGUUACACAGAAUCAUGCAUCGUAUGGAGUGAAAAACUUUGGUAUUAUUAACCUUGAACCAUAAUAAUAAUUUAAAAAAUGAAAUUGUUUAGAAAAAUACAUGUGUCCAAUCAACAGUACUAAACAUAAUUGCCUUUUUAAAAUUAUUAUGGUUCAACAGUACACGAGGCAAAGAUAAUGUCAUGAAAAAUCAAGGGGUGCUCACCAAUACUGUAUUUUUUAAAAAGAAUAGGUGUAAAGGUAUGUGGUUUAUAUAUUUGAAGUUUAUGGAUUGUAAUGUGUUUUUAUUUUACUUUAAACAGUAUAAGCUUUCUGGGUAAGCUUAACAGUGGUCUUUCACGUGCCUUCAAAAUAGCCUUUUCAUUGGCCUGCAGGUGGUCCUUAAUGCAUAACUAUUUAUAUUUUACUAGGAUUGUGCCUGAUAUAUUAAUACUGCUAUAAAGACACAUCUGCUGAUCUAGCCUACGUAACAUAUGUCUAUGACAGUCAACUGGAACUGAAGAGCAGCUCCUGAACUCAGGUCAAAGCAUUUUUGACACAGACAAAAUAAUACAAUAAAAACACUAUCUGAGUAAUUGCACAGUAAACAUCAUAAACUGAAUCUUUUUCUUAACCUAUAAACAAGAGAUAUAAUACAUUAAAGAUGUUCUGAACAUGUCGUGCUGUUGAUGAAUGAAUUUCACUAUAACCUUCUCUCAGGUAAAACAAAUUAAGAAAUGUGCUGUGAAUCAUGAUUUUCACAAAAUGCAGCCCAUACUAGGAACUCAAUGCAACUGCAAUUACACACACAGACUACAUGGUUCUUAAUGAUCCAUGGGCUUAGUCCUGGCAUCUUGUUACUAACCGUCUAUCUGUCAAGCUGCUUUGCAGCUAUGGCUGUAUGCAUAUCUUUAAUUAGAUGCAUGUAUGCAAUGAAAUACAUUACACGUAGUUACAAACACCCAAGAGUGGGGGGUGCACAUGAUUUACCCUACAGAUCAAUCGCUUGCUUGUCAACUCUGCCUCCCACGGAUAAUAAAUUGAGCACAGACGUGAUACCAAGACAGGCAGCUGUGUGCAUUCUCUCAUGAUGUUAGUCAUCUUGUACUUGGUGUUGGCUCCCUUCAUCCUGAGCUCAGCUGCAGCUUUUUUAAAGGUGUAUAUCUCUUCUAGCUAAAGGCCCUUUUUAGUUUUGGUUUUUAUUUUCUAUACAAUUUCAUGGGAAUUUGAGUGUUUCCUUAAAAAAUGAAUACAGGUGAAAAUAAUACAUUUCCCAGUUUCCGGGUAAAUAUUGGUGGUAGUAAUCUGAGAAAUGCCACAUUCUUUGUGAAUGCAAACUGUGUAAAGCUGAUUAAGUUAACCUAUAUUUGUUCCUAUAUUUCAGUAUGUUAAACAGAGCCCCAUAUUACCUUUAAAAAUAAAUAUUUUAUCUACUGAAUGUGAAGUCGUGGAUUAUCUUGGCGUAAAUCAAUAUUUUCACCUGCUUAAGUGAAAAUGUGGGUUAAUGUACUUAAGAAUCCAACACAGUGGGCAUUACUGCUACAUAAUGGACCAUCGUAAUGGCUAAGUGCACUUUAUUGUUCAAAAUCUACCCAAAAUCCUAAAAAUAACAACACUUAGUCUCUCUGAAUUCAGGAAGUAAGCGUCCCCAUUAUUUCUGUCCCAUUUCCUGAAAUUAAAGGUGUAUACAUAACGCUCAUCAUCUUUGCUAUUGCGCUUUGUGUGGGAUGCACUGGUUUCUCAUUGUCACACAUGGUACUAUGCAUUAGACAUGUAUGAUGGCAAGAUGAUGAGUGGCUUUAUACAGUAAUGGUUUAAAUAAUAUUUUAAUAAUAAUACAGAAUAUUACCAGGAUUUUAAUAUAACAAAUUAGAAAUCUAAAUUAUUAACCAGAUGUAACAAUAUUGUGUGUUUGUGAUAGCAUAUGCUGUUUAUUAAAUACAACAAUGAACUUAGUGCUAACCUGUUUCAACCAAACCAAAAAAAAAAAAUGUGUGUGUUCCUAGCAUAUUAACCAAUGAAGUGUUAUAAAAUGUAGUGGCCUUAAGGGGAACAAAUUAUGUCGGAGACAUUGUGAUGAAAAUGUUUCCACAGACACAUGAAGAAAGUGCCUAUGCAUUCACACACCUCUGGAAUGAAAGGGAUGCUCACCAAUGUGCUUCACACAGUUCCUCUGUGUAAGAUUUAAAACGGUCACAAUCGUCGGCUUAUCUUUUGCACUGUGCAUAGUGACUUGCCCUGUGUUUUUAUGACCUCCUGUAUAGAUUCAUGUUUUAACAGGUAUUCAGGUAUUUAAUCUUGUGUUUUUCCCAUAUAUACUCAUAAAAAUUAUGUGCAUGUUUCAAUAUCUUUAUUUUGAAAAAGACAUUUUGUCAAAGUGUUUGAAUAUUUUACCUCCAAAUCUGUGUAUUUAAAGGUAUGGAUAAACCUUGUCUAUGCUUGUUUAUAUCGGAAGUAUAUUUUUUUAUAGGUUAAUUUUUUAAAGGUACGUAGAGAUAUAUAUAUAUAUAUAUAUAUAUAUAUAUAUAUAUAUAUAUAUAUAUAUUAGUGUUUUCCACCAAGUAUUGACUCCCUAUUUGAUUCAACGGUAGUGUAAAACAUCUGAAAUAAUAAAGUGAAGUAGUUAAAAUAAAUAAAUAAAUAAAUAGAAAGUCAUUUUAGUUGUUGCAUUAAAACAAAUGUGUAUAUCUAUAAUAAAAAAUAAGCAGGCAAUGAAACAAAUGAUACAAAUUCAGAUGUUUUAACAAUAAGUCGGAGCAAAACUAAUGUGUAUGAAGUACAACUGACAUAUCCUAAGUGAUGUUAAUAUCAAUGUAAAUUGGAAUAUUUAACAUAGGAGGGUGUCAAUAAUGCUGUCUGUUCAAAUACAUUGCAGAGGAGGGACUACUGUAAUAACCUAAACAGCUGCAGAUUAAAACGCUGACUCCCUUGCACUCUAUAUUAAACCAUCUGGUAUUAUACACCAGGAUAAUCCCAAAAUAUUAUACUAUACUAUACUAUACUAUACUAUACUAUACUAUACAACAGCCAGACCCUGCUCUCCUAUUGUUUUCCAUGGAGGUCUCCUGUUCUAUUAUUACUAAAUAACGGAGCAGCAAAUAAAGACCAGGUGAGAAGAUGCCACUAAUUAAUGACACCUGUUCUAAAACCGCCUCUUACUGAUGAAAUACUUCACACUUGAACCCUGCUCUUUCAGUGGACUACAAUGAUUAGUUCAGACACCCAAAGAUAAAUACAGUACAUAAAUCAUUUAAAAAGUUUAGCAUAGCUGCAGCGUGUUACAAGGUAAUAAUGGAACUCCAAGAAUGCCUGUAGGAUAGCGUAUAUGAUUUAAGACAGCCUGUAAUUGCUGUGUUGGUUUGGUGCCCAUUUAGUCUUAUGGUGACUGCCUUUUUCUCUUGGUUUUUACAGGUGUUGCUGAUUUUUUUGUUUGGUUUUCUGUAUUCUGUUGUGAAAUAAUUCAUCUAAUAAAUUUUUUUGACUUUGAAA